GACGAAGAAGAAGGAAGGCGAGCUUUUUGAUACCAGGCCACGACCUGCCACGGCGAGUCGCUAACAUAUAAAAGGUUACAUAACUUCGAAAAUUGUGAAUAGAUCUUAGCUUUGUGUGAUCUUCCUAGAGGGAGGCGUCGAGACAAGUCUCUUCUGCAGCACCUUUCCAUUGAUAUUUUGACUUUGGCACAUCAUUUCAUCAAUUUCCAACGGAUCAUCAUGGCUGAUGAUUUUGACGUUGAGGCCAUGCUGGAGGCUCCAUUCAGAAAGGAUGAGAUCAGGUCCUCUCAUGCAAAUGGACAUGACGGCCAAAACAAGAAGAAAAGGAGGAGUCGUAGUAAGAGCCGAAGCCCAGGCUCUAAGAAGAAAAGGAGUAGAAGCAGAGACAAAAAGAAGAGUAAGAAGAGAAGCAAGAGCAGAGAAAGAAAACGGACCCGCAGCAGGGAGCGCCAUCGGAGCGGCUCCCGAAGCAAGGAGCGCUCCGGGCGCUACCGGGCCCGCAAGAGCCCGGUCCGGAAACGUUCCAAAAGCCGCAGCCCUUUCAAAAAAGAGAAGAGUCCCAUCCGAAACUUUGAGGAUGCAAUCGGGCAGUAUAACAAAAUCAGGGAGCAACCGAUUGACAAUCUCACACCAGAGGAGAGGGAUGCCCGCACAGUGUUCUGUAUGCAGCUGGCUGCGAGAAUCAGAGCUCGAGACCUGGAAGACUUCUUCUCGGCUGUCGGAAAAGUAAGAGAUGUGAGAAUGAUAUCUGACCGAAACUCCAGGAGAUCAAAGGGCAUUGCAUACAUCGAGUUUGUGGAGUCUUCCUCUGUACCGCUGGCUAUCGGUUUGACCGGGCAGAGGCUGUUAGGAGUGCCCAUCAUCGUCCAGGCCUCGCAGGCAGAGAAAAAUCGUGCUGCAGCUGCGGCCAACAAUCUACAGAAGGGCAGCUCAGGCCCGAUGAGGCUGUACGUCGGCUCGCUGCACUUCAACAUCACUGAGGAAAUGCUGCGAGGGAUCUUUGAGCCUUUUGGAAAGAUCGAGGGAAUCCAGCUAAUGAUGGACAGUGAGACCGGACGAUCCAAAGGAUAUGGCUUCAUAUCGUUUUCAGAUGCAGAAUGUGCAAAGAAGGCCCUGGAGCAGCUGAACGGCUUUGAGCUGGCCGGACGUCCGAUGAAGGUGGGGCAUGUUACAGAGCGCUCAGACUCGUCGACAGCCAGCUCCUUCCUGGACAACGAUGAGCUGGAGAGGACCGGCAUCGACCUCGGCACCACGGGGCGCCUUCAGCUGAUGGCUCGACUAGCAGAAGGAACUGGUCUGAAGAUCCCCCCUGCCGCUCAGCAGGCUCUACAGAUGACCGGGUCCAUACCCUUCGGAAACAUUUCUCAACAAUCUGUUCAUUCUCAAGCGCAAAGCCAAGCCUUGAACCUCCCGUCACAACCGCUGGCCACUCACUGCCUUCAGCUCUCAAACCUGUUCAACCCACAAGCAGAAAACGAUCUCACCUGGGCCGCUGAGAUCCAAGAUGAUGUUAUUGAAGAGUGUAACAAACAUGGAGGGAUUGUUCACAUUUAUGUUGAUAGGAACUCUGCUCAAGGUAACGUGUACGUGAAGUGUCCCUCAAUACCAGCAGCGAUGGCAACUGUAAAUGCACUUCAUGGACGCUGGUUUGCAGGCAAAAUGAUAACGGCUGCCUACGUUCCCUUACCGACCUACCACAACCUUUUCCCUGAUUCAGUCACAGCGAAGCAGCUUCUAAUGCCGACACGUCGAUAGUCUGAGACAUGCUUAAGAAAUUCAGUGUAAAUACAUUUGUUUGCAGUCAUGGAGGUGUCGUUGAAACAGACGCAUUGAAAUUAGAUGGCUGUGUGUAAUAAAGUUGCCUCAACUUCCUGUGUUCACCAUUGAAGAAUAGGCAGGUUUUUUUUUUGAGUUGCUUUUCACAUUUUGUGGGUUUGUGUUGUAAACUACCACGAGAAGUAAUUGCAGUUAUCUAUUGGUCUGUAUGUUUUUAAAAUAUUCCUGUCUUAUCUGCUUGUUUAAAUCACCAAUUUUAGAUUUAAAAUUGCAAAAGAGUUACAAAACUGUUGGGUUAUAGGCCUUAAAUGCCAAAAGUAUAUCAAUGUCGACAAUAAUCCUUUGUAACUUUUUACAGCCAUAAUUUCAUUUUUUGUAUGAAGGCUCCCAAUAAACUUUGGCAAAUUUGACACUUCA